UCGCUAAGGCCUAAGAGUUCGUUUCGUAAACCUGUUCGUUUCGUGAGCAUUCGUUUCGUUUUGUCACGCGUUCGAUUCAAGCUUGAACAGCACUUCGUCCACGGAAAAGACUGGAACGACCAUGGUCACGUGAUGUAUUGGAGGUAGUUUCAAUUUACAGAAAAAUUUUAUUCAGAAAUGUUCUGAUGUUUUUCCAUUGCUUUAAAUCAUGAAAGUUGUUGCUUUAAUAAGGUAAAACUCUUUCUGUAAUCUUUGCUUUGUUGUUUUGUGGUGUUAAAACGUGUUUUGUCUUGUUUUUAGCGGUGGAAAGGACAGUUGCUAUAAUAUGCUUCAAUGUGUGGCACAUGGCCAUGAAGUUGUAGCUCUGGCCAACCUAAAACCACCGCAAAAUACAGGUGUGUGAACGUAGAAAUUAUAAAAUUACAGUAUAUUUUGAUAAUGGUGUGUUAUAGUUGUUUAAUAUUCACGAAUGAAUUAUAUACUUUGUAGUUUAGCAUAUUCAGCACGUGUGUGCCACUGAGACGCAUAAAUUAGGCCUUUAAUUAAUUAAAUGCCAGAAUUCGAAUUUUUACAACCCGAAAUCCCAGCUGUAAGAUUGCAGAUUUUGCCAUAGGUGCCAUGUUGGUGAUACUUCAACAAAAGAAUCUUAUAUCUGUAUCUUUCAUUGAAUUUGAAACCAACAUGGCUGCAGAAAAGGAAAUUAGAUGCAGACGCACUUUUUUGAGGGGGCUUGUAACUCUCUUUUGGCCCAGGGUGCAUUUUAAGUGCAAUACGCCGAAUAUCUUUGGUGCGAGUUUGGCAAAAUACAAUGCUAUAUCUAUAGUUAACAUUGGCAUAUUUUCGGCUUAGAGUUUACAUGGAAUGCACCCCGGCUUUUGGCAGACUUGUUUGGCAAUGGGGAGGGGUAGCAAAGGAUCCUAUAUUACAAAGACGUAAGUUAUAUCUAAACCCACCUAGCCAGACAUGAAAAGUCAAGCAAUGGCAUAUUAUGCCCUAUGGCAAGAUUGGAAGCGUUGAAAAAAUAUUGAAUACUGCUAUUGAAAAAGUGAAACGUUAUAUAAUUGCAAUAUUAUUCCAAUAAUAUUGCAGUGUAAUUCCAAUAAUAUUGCAGUAUAAUUCCAAUAAUAUCCACACUACAGGAUACUGAGCUUUGGUUUUCAAUACCUAACUAUGAAUGACUUGUAUCCUGACUGGAUAUUAACAAAAUUUCAAACAUUUAUAGGAUACGGUAAUGCUAAACAUUGUCUCUGCUGAUCUCCCAAUAGCUUUGAAUAGUAUGAGUCUGCCUUGUUGAAAAUGACCAGCCUUUGAUUUCCAACUUGGUGGUCUAGUUGUUGACUGUUGAGUCUCCUGUUGUUAUUGUAAUUAAUAACAAUGAUAUGUAUACUUAUUUUGAUGGUUCAGAGAUGCUAAAAUUUACGGUACCCAUCAUCCAGAAGUGGUAUAUUUGUGUUCUCAGAUGGGAUACUAGAGCUUUGAAUCCUAGUACUGAAAAGAAUUUUGUCUAAAUAAGUUACUUGUCUCAGAUUGAUAUAAAGGGUCGAUUUAGUGUGUACCCAUGCCAUUAAAAUACCCAUUGACGUUUUUGCUAUUUCGAAUUUUUUCAAAAUUCUAAAUGAAGACCUCUUCUUAGAUGAGAUGGAUAGCUACAUGUACCAAACUGUUGGUCAUGAUGGCAUAGAAUUGUAUUCCGAAGCCAUGGGCUUGCCGUUGUUUCGACGUACGAUUCAAGGAAAUCCUGUUGAGCAAGGCAAAGAAUACAGCGUCAAUGAGAAAGAUGAAGUUGAGGACCUGUAUGAACUUUUGAAGGAUGUUAUGGUAGGUAUUGUUGUGCUUCAGCAGAUAUAGUGGUCAACAGCAUUCAAGAUUUACAGUAUCCUAGUAUCCUGAUGACACUAGUUUUGAAUUUUGGGUACCAGAUGUUGAAACCUUGGUAUCCUAUACCCAAAAGGUUCAUGCCAAAGCCAUGUUCAUUUCAACAUUUUUUAUCAAGAAGGGGCGGACACCCCAACAGGGUUGCAAGGGGGAGGGAGUGCAAUAGAAUUGAAUUUAUUAUACUUUGAAAUGUUUGAGGCACUGUAUUCAAAGUUCAUUAUGAGUCUUUGCUGUAAUGAGUUAUUCUUCUUACAUCUCUAGGCAGAAGUUCAUAUAGAAGGAGUUUCGUCUGGUGCUAUAUUCUCUGAUUAUCAAAGAGUUCGAGUUGAGAAUGUGUAAGUUUUUCUGUGAAUGAUAUAUGUUUUGGCCAGAAGUAAUACUGUACUCCUUGACCUUAUAGAUAAGGCUAUUAUCCUGGGUUAAUACAUAAAAUAGCUGUUGGCUUUAUCUUGAUUCAGGUGUUCACGGUUGGGUCUAACCUCUCUUGCGUAUCUUUGGAAGAGAAAUCAGAAAGAGCUUCUCAAAGAGAUGAUUGAUUCUCAUAUUGAUGCAAUUAUUAUUAAAGUUGCCACAAUGGGUUUGGAACCAACUAAACAUCUUGGAAAGACUAUAUCAGAAAUGUAUCCUCACCUACUUAAAAUUGUAAGUAUUUCAUAUUAAUUAACCCAUUAUGCUGUAUUGUGAGCUAAUGUGCCUUUCUCUGUCUAACACCACAUUAUUUUACUCUGUCUAACGCGAGAUGAUUUUACUUGUUAAGGGGAGAGCUCUGGUGCUCAAUGGGUUAACCAUUAUAUACUGUACCAUUAUACUGUAAUGCGCACUUAGCUAGCACACAUAGUGCCCUAUGAUGUCAAGGGGGAAAAUGUUAGUUGUGGCUUUAUGUUGGACAUUUUCAUUGCUUAAGAAGAGACUUGGGUUUUCAAUAGACAAUUCUAGCUAUCGACUAAUUUUUUAUCAAGAAAGACGAAAUAUAUCAUUAUAGCUCAAAAGAGCAUCCUAAAAUUAGUAAAAUUGCAAAGUUUGGUUGCGAAAUGUUGUAAAAUACGGAAAAUAUAGCCCUGUGAAAUCAGCAAAUCAGUUUGAGUAUUUUAGUGUUACGCGCGGUACUAGAAUAACCAUUUUGAGCCGAAAGUGGUUAUUUUCACCGCGCGUAGUACUAAAAUACUCAAAAUUUGCUAAUUUCACAGGGCUAUAUUUUUCGUACUUUACAACAUUUCGCAACCAAACUUUGCAAUUUUACUAAUUUUAGGAUGCUCUUUAAUUUGAUAUAGCGAUAUACUUCGUCUUUCUUGUCUAGAUAAAAAAUAGUCGAUAGCUGGAACUGUUUAUUCAAGUAAUUUUCAUCCAUUAAUAUUUCUUUGUAGAAUGAGAAGUUUGACUGUAAUAUCUGUGGUGAGGGGGGAGAAUAUGAAACGUUCACAUGUGACUGUCCAUUGUUCAAGAAGAAAAUCAUCAUGUAAGUACUGGUCUUACUGGUAUUGUUUAGCUAUUAUCAUUGGCCACACCCAAUUUCUUCAGUGGGAAUUAAAAAUCUGAAAAUUUGUAAAUAUUUUUCCGUUUAUUUUGCAGUGAUUCACAAGAGGUGAUUAUUCAUUCUGAUGAUGCUUUUGCUCCCGUUGGUUAUUUGAAGUUCAAACAGAUGCACCUAGAAAAUAAAUCUGAUCAGGUUUGUUUA